AUCAAAAACAAUCCAGAAGAAAUUAAUAAAGCAAAACUUGUAGAUUUGGUUAAGCUCAAAUUAUCCUUUUAGAAGUUACACUUUCUGCAUCACUAUCUUCUCUUUGUGCAAAUUUCAAGCUUCUAUCUCAAUGAUCAGGGGUUCCGAAACUCUCCCAAAACUGCCUGUCAUAGGUUUAUCGUCAUGGGAAGACCUGAGGCCUGGUACAGAAACUUGGGAAUCAACUAAGAAGCAAGUAUGCCAGGCUCUUGAAGAGUAUGGCUGUUUUGUGAUCGAAAGCAGUCAAGUUUCUUUGGAUCUCCACAGUAAAAUCUACAGUUCAGUUGUGGAUUUGUUCGAUUUGCCAAAAGAACUCAAACAGCAGAAACCUGCUCAUCAGAUCGACCAUCCUCUCGGAAGAUCAAGCUCGUUUUGCCCUGAACAUGAGCGUGUAGACACUGAAAAUUUAACCACUUUGGAAGGAGCUCAGAGUUUCACCAAACUCAUGUGGCCCUCUGGAAAUGACAGAUUCUGUGAAAGUGCCCAUGAGAUGGCAAAGAUCAUGAAGAAAUUAGAUCUAACGAUUGUGAGAAUGGUUUUCCAAAACUACGGGGUAGAAAAAUACUAUGACUACUACGUUGAAUCAAUGAACCAUGUUAUUGGGUGCACCAGGUACAAAGAAUCCCAGAUGAACAACAGCUACUUGGGUCUUCUCUCCCACACUGACAAGUCAUUUUCAACCAUACUUCAUCAGAAUGGUGUUAAUGGCUUGGAGAUUCAAACAAAAGAUGGGCAGUGGAUUCUCUAUGAUCCCCCCUCCCAUUCAUCCUUCAUAUACCUUUCUUCUGAUGCCUUCAAGGCAUGGAGUAAUGGUAGAGUGCGUUCAUGUUGUCAUCGAGUGGUUGUGGAUGGAAACAAGACCAGGAUUUCGUUGGCGUCGACUGCAUUUCACAAAGGGCCAGCGCUGAGUGUUCCUGAUGAGCUAGUUGAUGCGGAACACCCUUUGCUAUACAAGCCAUUUAACCACCUUGAAUAUCGUAGAACGCAUAUUGAAUUAGCCUUGAAAAGAAUUGGCUACUCUAUCGAAGCUCACUGUGGUGUCUAAUAAACCCGAUUCUUCGUACAAUCUUGCGUAUAUAUUUGCUAUAUACUAUGUCUAUUUACUAAAUUAAACAAGUGAUGCAUGAGCAGGAUUACUACAAUCCUCCCCUUUUACUAAAUAAGUGUCAUAUCCUUAAAGACAGUGCUUUGCCUUAAUCAAUAUAGUGACUUAUGUAUGGAAUA